CGGCAACGCGGGAAGCACCCCCCGGCCAUCGCAGGGGGACCGGGGCACCCAGAGGAGCCUGCGGGCUCCCCGCUCCUCCUCCUCCGUGGCGGGGCGGUGGCAGCGCUUGCGCGCUGGGGGGCUGGCGGCGGCGGCCGCAAGUUUGGGGCCACGUGGGGCAAGGAGUAGGGCUCCGCUAGGGACAGCCCGUCCCACAGACGGUUCCCGAGCCCCGCCGAGCUCUGCUUGCUGCCUCCUCGGCCUCGCCAUGGCCCCCGCCGAGAUCCUCAGCGGCAAGGCGGUCUCCGCACAAGUGAGAGAGAGAUUAAAGAAGCAAGUUGCUGAGAUGAAAGAAAAAUUUCCAGGCUUCACACCAGGACUUGCAAUUUUGCAGGUUGGAAAUCGGGACGAUUCGAACCUCUACAUUAAUAUGAAGUUGAAAGCUGCUGCUGAGAUUGGGAUCAGUGCCAAUCACAUAAAACUGCCAAACACAGCAACAGAAGCUGAGGUCCUCAAGUGCAUCGCCUCUUUGAAUGGAGACCCUGCAAUUCAUGGCUUUAUAGUGCAGCUGCCACUUGAUUCUGAUAAACCCAUCAAUACAGAAAAAAUAACCAAUGCUGUUGCACCUGAGAAGGAUGUAGAUGGCUUGAGUAGCAUCAAUGCUGGGAAACUCUCCAGAGGAGACCUUGGAGACUGCUUUAUUCCCUGUACACCAAAGGGAUGCAUGGAACUCAUCAGUCAGACAGGCAUCCAGGUUGCAGGGAAAAGAGCUGUAGUGAUUGGUCGCAGUAAGAUUGUCGGUGCUCCUAUGCAUGACCUGCUGCUCUGGAAUCAUGCAACAGUAACCACUUGCCAUUCAAAGACCUCAACACUGGCUGAGGAGGUUGGUAAAGCUGAUAUCCUGGUGGUUGCAGCUGGUAAAGCUGAAAUGGUAAAAGGUGAAUGGAUCAAACCUGGUGCGAUCGUAAUAGACUGUGGAAUUAACCAUGUGCCAGACAGCACAAAGGCCAGUGGAAAAAGAGUUGUAGGAGAUGUGGCGUACAAUACAGCAAAAGAAAAAGCUUCCUACAUCACCCCAGUUCCUGGUGGCGUUGGGCCUAUGACUGUGGCCAUGUUAAUGCAGAGCACAGUGGAGAGUGCACAACGUUUUCUGGAGAAGUUCCAGCCUGGGAAAUGGAACAUCCAAUAUAACCAGCUUACCCUGAAGACGCCUGUUCCAAGUGAUAUUGAAAUAUCGCGAUCUUGCAUACCCAAGCCCAUUGAUCAAGUUGCAAAAGAAGUUGGCCUGCUCCCUGAUGAGAUGGAACUCUAUGGCCAAACUAAAGCCAAGGUUCAACUGUCAGCUCUGAAACGGCUGAAGAACCAGCCAGAUGGCAAAUACGUUGUUGUUACUGGGAUAACUCCCACACCACUUGGAGAGGGGAAAAGCACCACCACCAUAGGUCUUGUUCAAGCCUUAGGAGCACACCUUCAUCAGAACGUCUUUGCCUGUGUUCGGCAGCCCUCUCAAGGGCCAACCUUCGGUAUAAAGGGUGGAGCUGCAGGUGGUGGCUAUUCUCAAGUUAUUCCCAUGGAAGAGUUUAACCUUCACCUCACUGGCGACAUCCAUGCUAUUACUGCAGCAAACAACCUGGUUGCUGCUGCUGUGGACGCACGUAUAUUCCAUGAGCUAACUCAGAAUGACCAGGCGCUCUAUAACCGUUUGGUGCCUUCUGUCAAUGGUGUUAGGAAGUUCUCAGAGAUUCAGAUCCGAAGGCUACAGAAAUUGGGCAUUAACAAAACUGAUCCUACGGCUUUGACAAAGGAAGAAGUGAACUUGUUUGUGAGAUUGGACAUUGACCCAGCCACCAUAACAUGGCAAAGAGUACUGGAUACAAAUGACAGGUUCCUCAGGAAAAUCACUAUUGGACAGUCUCCAACAGAAAAAGGCUUUUCACGAACGGCUCAGUUUGACAUCACAGUGAGCAGUGAAAUCAUGGCAGUUCUAGCACUCUCUGAUAGCUUGGAUGACAUGAAAAGGCGACUGGGCAGAAUGGUAGUAGCUUCCAGCAAGAGAGGAGAACCAGUUACAACAGAUGACCUUGGAGUGACUGGUGCUCUGACUGUCUUGAUGAAAGAUGCUGUUAAACCAAACCUCAUGCAGACACUAGAGGGCACACCAGUAUUUGUUCAUGCUGGACCUUUUGCCAAUAUUGCACAUGGAAAUUCUUCAGUGUUGGCAGACAAAAUAGCACUGAAGCUUGUGGGUAAAGAGGGCUUUGUUGUUACGGAAGCAGGAUUUGGUGCAGACAUAGGUAUGGAGAAAUUCUUUAACAUUAAGUGCCGUUACUCUGGUCUCCGGCCUAAUGUGGUGGUGUUGGUUGCUACUGUCCGAGCUCUGAAAAUGCAUGGAGGAGGGCCUGCAGUCACUGCAGGGGUACCUUUACCAAAGGAGUACACGGAAGAGAAUCUUCAGCUGUUGGCAAAAGGUUGUAGUAACCUAAGCAAACAAAUCCAAAACGCUCGGAUGUUUGGUGUCCCUGUAGUAGUGGCUGUCAAUGCUUUCAAAACAGAUACAAAGGCUGAACUGGCCCUUGUAGUACAACUGGCAAAGGAAGCAGGAGCGUUUGAUGCUGUCGAGUGCACUCACUGGGCAGAGGGGGGUAAAGGAGCUGUUGCACUGGCCCAGGCUGUUCAGAGAGCAUCACAGGCACCCAGCAACUUCAGGUUCCUCUAUAAUGUGGAGCUCCCUGUUACAGAUAAAAUCAGACUUAUUGCACAGCAGAUCUAUGGGGCAAGUGACAUUGAGCUACUUCCAGAAGCACAGGAGAAAGUCACCUUGUACACUAAGCAGGGAUUUGGAAACCUCCCGAUCUGCAUGGCUAAAACUCACUUAUCAUUGUCUCAUGACCCUGAACAAAAAGGAGCACCUACAGGUUUUAUCCUGCCAAUCCGAGAUAUUCGGGCGAGUGUUGGUGCUGGAUUCCUGUAUCCGCUGGUAGGAACAAUGAGCACUAUGCCAGGACUUCCUACAAGACCCUGUUUUUAUGAUAUAGACUUGGACCCAUUGUCAGGAGAAGUAAAUGGUCUCUUCUGAAAAGAAUUGUUAACCAAAGCUCCCAGAAGAACACCUGAUGAGUCAUGUAAACGGAACUAUGCCAUGAUCUUUAAGUCAAAACAAGAUAUGACUGAGCUUACAGUGCAAGAAGUGACUGGAAGGAGGAGUGCUGAAGGAUCAAACGAUUAUUUUUAAUCCAUAAUAAUUUUUAAACUGCUGUGUUCCAAGCUAGCCGAAACUAAGUAUAUAAAGUAUACUUGCUGUACAACCUUCCUGCUUCAUAAUUGUAGCUGAAGCAGAAUACAGAAACUUGGGUUUAGUGACCUCUUGAUUCAGUGAGAUGAUUUUAAUUAUUAAAAAUCCGAAAGCUGGUGCUCUUUGGAACAGUCUUGCAACUUAGUUGCCAUAACAGUAGGUUUUUUGUGGAAUGUAUUAUCUUUGGAAGUCUUGUGCACUGUAAUAUUCCUACUUGCUGUACUGAAUUCUAUAUCCCUGUCUCGCACGGUGAGAGAAUUGGCCCUGUUAUGAAAUUGCACCAAUUUCAUUUAAAAGAGGGAACAAGGAAGAAUGCUUUUCCAUGUCAACUCUUUCCAGAAGUGCUCACCCUGGCUUCUGCUGUGAAUUAUUUCUGCAGACACCUGAGCUAUAUCAAAUUUCUCCUUAAGAAAGCCCAGCUAUGACUACCAGAUUGUAUUUUUACUGGAAAUUGAAUCCCUGGAUAUCAGAUCUGUAGAGACUGGAUCUCUAGGCCAUGUCCAUGGCUUUGACCAAAUGUGUCUUCUGAACCUUUUUAUGCUCAACAGUAAGUACAGUUAUACCAUCGACCAGCCUUGUUUCCUAAGGUACCUUUUUGGUGAACAAAGACAAUGUGAGUAGUGAUCAAGUCAUUUAUUGUAGGCUUUGUCAGCAGGCCAAAAAUCAUUUUGUAACAAAAAUAUAGUUGCUGCCAGAUUUUUGACUAAUACAAAUAAAUUGGUAAAUACUUCCAGUGCUUCUUGGGUUUUAAUAUAUGCGCUGAGAUUAAUGAGGAGAAUUUAUUUCUGUGAUUAACUACAUACCGCGGCAGUCCCAGUAUUGACAAUUAUAAGUGAUUAUUGCAGUAAUAAGUUGCCUGCAAUGCAGCACUGUGUUUCAUUUUUCUAUGUGUUUAUUUUUGUUUCUUAUCCUAUAUGGUGUGUGUCAUCUAUAGGAAAUAAACUACCUGAAUUAUUCA